AUGCCAGGAACAAUUAUUCACAAGUCAGGUAGUUUACUAAAUUCGUUGGUGAACAGAAAUUUAUGUACACUGUCAGGUAUUUUUUUAUCAAAGCAUCCAUAUAAGCCCAAAACAAGAGAAAUAAUUCAUCCCCAUAUGACCCCACCUGAAUACCUGACUCCGUCAGGUUGUUUUAGUGCAAAAACGAAUGGACUACAGCAGUACAUUCCAAAGAAUUAUUAUCGAAUUAAAUGGAUCGAAUCGAUGAGAAGUGGUGAAUAUUUAGGGGAAGAUUAUCCAUGGAAUUUAUUGCCCAAUUGGAAAUAUUGGAAGAAAAGAAAGUAUAAUGUAACAUAUAAUGAAAUUCCUUGGUUCAUUUCAAAAAUAAAAGGAGUUUCCUACUAUCAAAGAUUGAAUGUAUGGAUGGUUCAGUGGGUUGAAAAUGGCGUUCAUAGAAUUCGAAGAUUCAGGUGUGCUUUUGGAAUUUUACAAGCAAAGCUAGCUGCUGAACAGUUCAGGAAAAAUUUGGAAGAAUCAGGUAGAGUAGACAACAGGAAAUCAGAAAGACAACUAAGAAUGGAUUAUAUACAAAAGAGAGAGGAGCGAAUACUGAGAAAGAAAAAAUACUCCAAAAUUUCCAAGGGUCAGUUUUAG